AUGAGCCUGCGCGGCCUCGGCGACGGCAGCGCCCGCGGGGACAGGGGCGGGGACCGCUGCGACCUCCUGCCCGCGCGCCCCGGAAGGCCGCCCGCCCUGCGCCCCUCGCAGAAGGAGAACCUGCCGCCCGCCGGCUCGGGCCGCGCCGCGAAGGUGACGUUCCAGACGCCCCUGCGGGACCCGCGGACGCACAGGAUCGCGAGCCCCCAGCCGAGCGGCAGGCUGGAGGCCGCUCCGGACGCCAGCGCUGGAGGCGCAGACUCGGGCCCAGGCCCGGCGCGGAAGGAGAACCAACAGUUCGCCAAGGAAGUGGAUGCCAAAGCAACCAAUGGAAUCCUUCAGCAACCAGCGGUGGCCGAUGGUGAUCUGCCUCUUGGGGAUGUUAGACCAGACUCUGAAGACCGGCAGCUCUGUGGACCCCCUGCUGCCGCCGCCGACCCCUUAGGCUCUCCCCUGGCCCCAGGGGGUCUCGAAAGCCAAGUGACCUACCCAGGACCGACAUCUGGCUGCCCUGGGCAGGCCCUGGCAGGAAGGGCCUGUCUCUCCACAGAGAAAAGCGUUGUCUCCACCUCUGACGCUUGUGAGCCGCCCACGCUGGUACCCCAAGAGGACUCUCCGGGAGCGGAAGGAGAAAGUGCACCGGGGGCGUCUGCUUUCUCUGCCGGGGCUGUGACGCUUGCUGGUGCUGGCCCUAAAGCCAUCUCUGGAGAAAGGCCCCUGACCCGGCCACCUGGUGGGGUCCCAAGCAGCCUGGACGACACCGUGGCUGACUCUCUGGAGCCUGGACGGGCUGCGUCCCCAAGUCCUCAGGAGGGGGUGGACAGUGGUCAGGCGGUUGCGUGCCUGAGGAGCGGGCCGGUGCAGCUGGAGUUAGACCUUUCUGACGCAGCUGCCGUCCAGAGGCCGCCCCCACCAGGGGCCCUGCAGAAGUGGCCCAGCCUCCGGCCUCCCUCCACGAGGCCAGAGGCCAGGCCCGGGGAGCCCCAGAGUCCUGCACCCCCAGCCCAGGGCCCCAACCGCCUGGACAGCCUGAACUUGGACCCGUUUGGAGGUGGUGGAGACACCCAGCCCCCUGAGCACCCGACAAGCAGCCCAGCCAGGCCCACAGCCCCGGAGGACGUACCUCCCAGCCGGCAGGUGCCUGCAGCCCCCGAGCAAGGCGCUGUUGACGGGCAGACGCCAGCAGGGACCGCGGGCCUGAAGGGCGAGGAGGGGACCCCUCCGUCUCCCCGCGCACAGACGCCCCCGCGCGGCCCGGGCCUGCAGUCGCAGCCCCCCUGUGACCUGAGCGAGGAGCACUUCCGGGACCCGGCCGAGGCCCUAGGCACGGGGGCCGAGGUGGACUACCUGGAGCAGUUCGGGGCGUCCUCGUUUAAGGCGUCAGCGCUGAGGAAGCACUCCUUGUACCUCAAGUUUGACCCGCUCCUGAAGGAAAGCCCUCAGCGGCCAGCGCCCCCGGGCCCCAGCAGUGCCCCUGGCUCAGACGCACCCACCCCAGGAAGCCCGCUUGCCACACUGGUGGACCUGGACUUCGGAUCCCCAGCAGCCCUUGUGCCGGUUCUGCCGCCCCCGUGUGCCCUCGGGCCCAUCGUGGACCUGCUGCAGUACAGCCAGAAGGACCUGGACGCUGCGGUAGAAGCUGCGCGCAGGGAGAGCCUCCUGCUGAAGAGCCGGUGCGAGGAGCUACAGGCGAGGAACCUGGAGAUGGGGAAGAUCAUGGAAGGCUUCGAGGGUAUCGUGUACCAGGCCGUGGAGGAGGCUCAGAAACAGAAGGAACAUUCCAAAGCCGAGAUCCAGAAGGUUCUCAAAGAGAAAGAACAAUUGGCCGCAGACCUGAGCUCCAUGGAGAAGUCCUUCUCUGAGCUGUUCAAGCGGUUUGAGAAGCAAAAGGAGGCCAUCGAAGGCUACCGCACGAAUGAAGCCUCGCUGAAGAAGUGCGUGGAGGACUCCAUCGCCCGCAUCCAGGAGGAGGGCCAGCGGUACCGGGCGCUGAAGGCCCACGCCGAGGAGAAGCUCAGGCUGGCCAACGAGGAGAUCGCCCAGGUGCGCAGCAAGGCCCACGCGGAGGCCUCCGCCUUCCAGGCCAGCCUGCGGAGGGAGCAGAUGCGCGUCCACUCGCUGGAGAAGACCGUGGAGCAGAAGACGAAGGAGAACGAGGAGCUGACCAGGAUCUGCGACGAUCUCAUUUCCAAGAUGGAGAGGAUCUGAGGGCUCCCUCCCCGGAGCGCGCCCCGCGUCUGUCUUUGCCAGGAGGCCCCGGUCUGGCUUCCCCCAACCUCGCCGGCUUUCACGCCGGCCUCACUGGUCCGCCUUAGAGGACGACUCAAUAAAGUCCCUGAUCGCAGCACUGAAGCCCUCGCCCCUCUUCCCACGGAGGGUGGCCUGGCCGGGGCCUUGGGGUGAGCAGCACCCAGACGGCCACCGAGA